CGCGCGACCAUUUCCCUACGACGGAGCUCGUCCACCCGGCCGCGGUGCGGGCCGCGGGGCCGCCAGGACCGUCCCGGGCCGCCAGGAUGCGCUCCAUUCGGAAGCGGUGGACCAUCUGCACCAUAAGUCUGCUCCUCAUCUUCUAUAAGACAAAAGAAAUAGCGAGGACCGAGGAGCGCCAGGAGACGCAACUCCUCGGAGAUGGUGAGUUGAGCUUAAGCAGAUCACUCGUCAAUAGCUCUGAUAAAGUUACUCGAAAAGCUGGCACAACAAUCUUCCAGCAGUCUAGAGAAGGUUGGAAAAUCAAUUCCUCUUUGGUCCUCGAGAUAAGAAAGAACAUUCUUCGCUUCCUAGACGCAGAGCGAGAUGUCUCGGUGGUUAAGAGUAGCUUUAAGCCUGGGGACGUCAUCCACUAUGUGCUCGACCGACGCAGGACCCUGAACAUUUCCCAGGAUCUGCACAGCCUCCUACCAGAAGUUUCACCAAUGAAAAAUCGCAGGUUUAAGACCUGUGCGGUUGUUGGAAAUUCUGGAAUUCUUCUGGACAGUGGAUGUGGAAAGGAGAUUGACAACCACAAUUUUGUAAUAAGGUGUAAUCUAGCUCCUGUGUUGGAGUUUGCUGCAGAUGUGGGAACUAAGUCAGAUUUUAUUACCAUGAACCCAUCAGUUGUGCAAAGAGCUUUUGGAGGCUUUCGGAAUGAGAGUGACAGAGAAAAAUUUGUGCAUAGACUUUCUAUGCUGAAUGACAGUGUCCUUUGGAUUCCUGCUUUCAUGGUCAAAGGAGGAGAGAAGCACGUGGAAUGGGUUAAUGCAUUAAUCCUUAAGAAUAAACUGAAAGUGCGCACUGCAUAUCCAUCACUGAGACUUAUUCAUGCUGUCAGAGGUUACUGGCUGACAAAUAAAGUUCCCAUCAAACGACCAAGCACAGGUCUCCUCAUGUAUACACUUGCUACAAGAUUCUGUGAUGAAAUUCAUCUAUAUGGAUUCUGGCCAUUCCCUAAAGAUUUGAAUGGAAAAGCUGUCAAAUACCAUUACUAUGAUGACUUAAAAUAUAGGUACUUUUCCAAUGCAAGUCCUCACAGAAUGCCAUUAGAAUUCAAAACAUUAAACGUGCUGCAUAAUCGAGGAGCACUAAAACUGACAACAGGAAAGUGUACAAAGCAAUAAAGCACAGUUCAGAACACACACACAAAACAAAUAAAAUAAAAUAAAAAAAGAGAACGUACACUUCUUUAUGGAAGAUGAUUCUGAAGAUUUGAAAAUAGGAUCCAAAGUAAGACUUGCUUUCAAUCGUUACCUGUUCACUGAAAAAUUGAUAAGGAAAAUUCAUGUGAAAUCCAUGACCAGCUGACGAAAUACCUGCGAAGUGCUCUAACAAUCCAAUAUUUUGACUUCAUGGGUCCUAGUAAGUGCCACUUCCACUAAGAAUACAGUCUGAAUGUAUAAUCAGUAGUGUUUACAAGAUCCAACAGUGCACUCAUCAUUAACUAACAAAGCAAAUAUGUUCAUCACUGUCUGGCUGCCACUGCGAUGCCACGCACAUUGGAAGAGGAACCCACUAAUGAGCGCAACUCAGCCCUUGAGAAGUUAGGUCAUCCUUGUCAACAGAGAUCUCUAUGGAAACAGUUGGAACAGUGAAACCCAUCAGAUCAAAACCACUCAAGUAAAUGCCUUCAGUGAGGACUCUGAGUCUGAUCAUGUAUUUUAGGUUCUUAUUUAUGUGUUUGAUUGUUUUCUGUAAUCAAACUCCAUUGGUUUGAGUAUUGGGUGCUUAGGAAUCCUUUCUGAGAUAUAGAAAUGGAAAAUGCAUAUAUGAAUGAGAAAAAUAAACAUCAAAUAAUAUUUUCUAAAUUUCUUACAUUUUUAAAUGAGUAAUCACACCAAUUUUUAAACUUUUAUUUUGCACAACUCUAAACCUCCAUGUUACUUUUCAGUGGUGUAAGAAGGUACCAGCCAAAGUUUAUCACCCCCUAACAAUGAACCAUUCUAAUAGAGAGAUGUGACAUGUCCUCAGAGAUGGUAAAAUUAACAGAAAAUAGCACUUUGGGUACCAAAGACUAUACUCAUUUUUACACAGCAAACCACUCUUUUUCAUGAAAGUCUUAUAAAACUACUGAUGUAAAACUGAUUCUAAGUAUUUUUAAAUUUCUACAUUCAAGCUUUAUUUUUAUGUUAUGCCCUUUACAUUUCACGCAAAAAAGAUGUGGAAGCAGUUUGCCCUUUAGAAUCCAUAUUUGAUUAAUGAAAUGUGACCUCUGUUCUUUGAUAUCUCUCUGGUUGUUUAAAUGCUAAAGUCAGCACAGUCUUUAUAUCAUUGUUAAAUUUCUUAGUACAGAAAUAACAGAAGUAUUAUUGUUUUCAUAAUUGAGAUGAAUAAUUUCAAGAAGCUUGACAAUGGAACGGUGUGUCAGUAUUUUACACUUAAAAUGAAUUAUGUUGGCCAGUAUUUCUCAUUAGUUAAAUUUAGUCAUGUUAGUACUGAAUGUGUUUUGUAAAUGAUCAUGGUAUUAUUCAUAAAAGGUUUUAAAAUAACAGUAUGUAACAGAACUGACCAAUACUCCAGUUUUCUGGUAACUUCUACUGGUAGAUGACUCUGAUGGUAAUACCCUCUUUUGAAAGCAGAAGCACUGAAUUCUCACUUCCAGUUUGGCCUGAAACACUUUGUAUGACUUCUUGUUUCUUGGGGAAGGCAAUCUGAGGAAAGAAGAAAUAGCAUGAAGAAUAUGUGUUGUGUUUCUUAGGAAGAAAAAUCUGAUAAAUGAAGAGAAAGCAUGAUAUUUUCACAUACAUAUAUAUGUAUAUAUCAUGCUAUUAUCAUGGGAAAAGGAUAUUCACAGUAGUAUGCUUAUCAAUAUUUUUAAUGAUACAUGGUAUUAUUUUUUAAAGUAUGGCAGAACGUUGGGAUAGAGAAGACUAUAUUUUCUGAGAAUUCAUGUGUCUCUAAGAAUGCAUAAUAGAAUGCAUCAUAGCUAAAAAAUACCUACAACUUAAUAUAAGUUUUAAAUAUAAGUAUCUACAGGUUUUUAAAUACAAAUUAAAAAUUAUGAUUUGCUUGAAACAAUGUAAAGUGCUUUCUGGAAUCUGACUUUGGAGUAUUUGCCGAUAAUAAACUGUCCCUGUAGCCUUUAACACGAAUUCAGAAAACUAAAUCUAGAAAUUAUAAGUAAGUUUGUACAGGUAAAAAUUCCAACUGGAUACUCAGUGCAAGUGAGUCCUUAAAAGCAGCAGCCAGACACCUUGCCAUUUUUAGCACAUUUUCAAAUGAAUGUGUUUAAAUGAUUUUAAGGCUACAGCAAACACAAGCCUGCCAUUCACUGUUGUGUGUGCUGGUGUUUGUCUCAUAGAUGCAUUGAGUAGUGCCUUUCAACUUCUUCACCUUGCUUUGUUACCUACGCUUUGUGUUCUCCAAAUAUUCGCCCAGCUCCGAAAACGCUCAGCAUAAAAAAGGGCUUGAGAUUUGGCAGAAACUACUUUUGUUCAUCUCAGGGAACUUUCAGUACUCAAGAAUGAAUUCAGUUAAAGGUAUUUAAUGCUCAAAGAAGACAAACUGUACAGGACCAUUUGAUCCAAUAAAUAAUAUACACAUUUUCAUCUGCUCAUUCCCCCUGCCCCCAGUGUCUACUGGAGCCUUCUUAUAUGAAAAUGGCAAGGAGAUCAUUGAAGAUUUAAGAGCAAGAAGAGAAAAAGGGUUGAAAGUUAACUAACAGGUGUGUAAGGGAUCAUAAUGAAAUCAAAUUAUACAUAUAUACAUAUAUUAUACUUGAGUAUAUAAGGGUUUAUCUCUCUUGAUAGCAUCAUAUUUCACAUCUUUCAUGUUUUAUUUCUUUUCUGUGAUUUAACCCUGUCCCUGACAAUGCUCAGGCAGCUGACUGUGAUAUAUUACUGAUGUUUAUGUUGUUACUCCACUGAUGAUGUGAAUAGGCCAAGGAAACAUUUCCAUCAUUGUUAUUCAGCAUGUUCUACAAUUAACAUUAAGUUGUUGAAAUAAAAAGUGAGUCCGGAUCAGAUUUGGGGGGAAAACCUAAUGAUUUAGCUCACAGGACCGAUGAAACUACUGGGGAAAUUUUCCUGCCUGAAAGUGCUGAGCAUUUCCAUGUCUUCAUGUGCUGUAUAUCAUCUGAAUUGUAAAUCAACUUUUAAUGGAAUUUCUACAUAUAUGGUUACAGAAGUGAUUUAUUUAAAAAAGCUAGGGGUAAUGUAAAUACCAAUUAGUUUCUAAGCUACUUCAAAGACAAGGGUAAUUUAUUUCUAAUUGAGCCAGCCAAUUGUACUGCACAGAAUGUGGUAUUUGAUUCAUAAAGAGUUGUUUUCAUGUGGUUAUUGUAAGGAUUAUAAUUGUGGAAGAGGUGUGGGAAAUUAUGUAUAGUUAGUUGUUAUCUCUACAAUUUUUGGAUGUUCCCAUCAAAUAAUAUCAAUAUACCAAUGUCUUAAAAAUUGAGUGAGGUUAUUGUUUGUAUUUAAUAAAAGAGAACUCAAAUAAAUCCCACCUAGAAAUAGAUAUUUUAUUAUAUGUGCUAUAAAUAUACCUAUGUAGUACAAAUAGACUCGUGUGAUGCAUAUAUACACAAUGUUAUAUAUGUGUAUUUGUCUGUACACACCAAGUCUGUAUUAUGUGCACACUAGAUUUGUGUGAUGUCAGCAUCUUCAGGAUCUGCACUGAGAAUGACUCUGGAGAUACGUAAGACCACUUUAAAAUAAAGAAGUUCUUUUGAGACUUCAUUUACUAACCUGCUUUAAGGGAAAUCCACUUUAUAACUGAAUUCUGUGUUGUCCAUGCCUAGAGUUACAGUAAGAGACUAGAAUGUCUGAAUCUCUCAAAAUAGAAAGAAAAGAAAAAAGGCAAAGAAAAAAAUAUCAGCUAGCAACAUUAUUUCAAUAGCAAUUUUUGGAUUGUAUUUUCCAUCUAAGUAGCGCCUUUUACUAAAUACUGUUUCAUUGUGUAGGCAAAAGCACAAGUGUUUCAAAUGUAUAUAGCAGGCAAAACAGAGUUUACAGAGAUAGAAUUGCUGCACAGGAUAGUUGCUACUGAGUAUUUCAUAUGUCAUUUGUGAAAUUAAAUGAGGUUAAUUUUUCCUGUCGAAUUUAUCCUGUCCAACACUGUUUCCCUAUUGUUUGUGUAUAGCAGUGGAUCUCAUUGAUCAUUUGUAAAAUUAUGAAAUAAAUUAAAUCAUUUGUUUCUUUUUCAA